AUGCGCAGUUUGUCACAUUACUGUGCGAAGUUAGUAGUGAUGGCGUCCUCCGCAGCUCGGUGUACAGCACGCUGGGUGACAGUCACUGUGUUCUCUAAUGUUCGGAAUUGUAGCACUUUUGCCUCCAGGCUUCAAGGAGUUAAUGGAGCUCUUGCGAAAUUCAGGGGCGGUGUGUUUUGGUCGGUGGGCAGCAGAGCUGGAGAGGGAACGGAGAAAGCGGUGACAUUGACAGGACUGUUAGGUGGAAACCCUCAUCAUGUCCUGCCGAGGCUGUCUUUCCACAUUAGUUCCAUUGAUUGUAAUAAACAGGACUUUUACCAGGUUCUCGGAGUACCUCGCACAGCAUCCCAGAAAGAGAUCAAGAAAGCAUAUUACCAAAUGGCAAAGAAAUAUCAUCCAGACACAAACAAAGAUGACCCACAGGCCAAGGAGAAAUUUGCACAGCUGGCUGAAGCUUAUGAGGUGCUUGGUGAUGAGAUGAAGAGGAAGCAGUAUGAUGCGUACGGCUCAGCUGGGUUCGAGGCGGGCAGAGCCGGCGCUGGAGCGGGUCAGCAGCAGUAUUGGAGAAGCGGCGCCAGCAUGGAUCCUGAGGAACUCUUCCGCAAGAUAUUUGGGGAAUUUUCUGGCGCUCAAGGCUUUGGAGACUUCAAUGCCAUCUUUGAUCAGCCCCAGGAGUAUGUGAUGGAGCUGACGUUUGCACAAGCUGCCAAAGGUGUGAAUAAGGAAAUCACAGUGAACGUUGAGGCCACCUGCCAGCGAUGUGAUGGCAAAGGACAUGAACCUGGUUCUAAGAUACAGCACUGCCACCACUGUAACGGCUCAGGAAUGGAGACGGUGAACACGGGGCCAUUUGUGAUGCGCUCUACCUGUCGCCGGUGCGGUGGCCGUGGCUCAGUGAUCACCUCCCCCUGCGUAGCAUGUAAAGGAACGGGUCAGAGCAAGCAGAGGCGUACAGUCAUGGUUCCUGUUCCUGCUGGUAUUGAAGAUGGGCAGUCAGUCAGGAUGUCUGUGGGGAAUAAAGAGAUCUUUAUCACGUUCAGGGUCCAGAAGAGUCCUGUGUUCAGGCGAGAUGGAGCAGAUAUCCACUCGGAUGUGCAGAUUUCAGUGGCUCAGGCCAUCCUGGGAGGCACAGUGCGAGCGCAAGGACUCUAUGAGACAGUCAACCUUUCUAUCCCUGCUGGUGUCCAGGCUGAUCAGAGAAUCAGGCUUUCUGGAAAAGGAAUCCCACGAGUCAGUGGCUAUGGUUAUGGUGAUCAUUACAUCCACAUCAAGAUUAAAGUCCCCAAGAUGCUAACUGAUAGACAACGUGCCCUCAUCAUGAGCUACGCAGAAGAUGAGGUCGAUGUGGAGGGAACUGUAAAUGGAGUCACCACAACCACUACAGGUAAAAGAUCUACAGGAAACUGAGAGGAGUAUGGGUGAUGAGGACGCAGGGCAGGUGCUAUGAUGAACUGCUGGACGCAGAGAAGAGAAGCAAGAGUGCGACACCUCACACUUCUCAAACAGACAGCCAUGGCACAACACGCACAUCUGUCUCCACCAUUUCCUUACAGGUUUAUGGAAGAUGAUCUCACUCACUUUAUGUGCAGUGUCAGGUCCAUGGAAGGCAUUUGGAGAGCUCAACACAUGCCAGAAAAUCCUGACUUGAUUCUGAACGUAUACAUUUUUAUGUUGCAAUGUUUUGGGUAAACAAUUUUGUACAUUAUUAAGUUAUGUAGAAUUACCCUACGUGCUGUAAACAGUUGGCUGAGGCGAGAGUGUCUGGUCAUGUUCAUGUCACAGUAGCUUCUGCUCUGCCUCAUUAGCUGUUAUAUGUUGAACAUGUCACUGUUUAAACUGAAGUCACCUAACCUUUUAUGACCAUUGUAUAUUAAAUUAAAGGGUGAUAAAUAGGAA